AUGGUUCUCUCGCACAAUUCACACAGCUCUCUCUCGUUAUCGCUCUCAGCGAGUGAGAAUAACACAGAGUCAGAACUUGUGCACGCAGGCGUUCAGGAAUCGGGUACAACUGCGCUACCUACAACUCCACGUCGGUCUACGAGUGCUCACGCUCUGGAAUCAAUAAAAGGAAGCCAUAGAUAUGGCAUAAACAGCGCAGACACAGAUUUACCUCAUUCUAGUCAUGUCCUACGCCCUGUGCCAUCAUCGAACUCAAAUCCCCCAGGCUUGGCUGAACGUCUCACGCAUUGUUCAUGGACAAGCCCCUUUUUGCAAUAUUACGACGAUUUUGAUGUUGAGGGUCCAGAAAACUAUAAAGAGGGGGGCUUCCACGGAGUCGUGCUAGGAGAGACUUUCUGCAACGGACGGUAUACAGUUGUACACAAGCUGGGUCAUGGAGGAUUUGCAACAGUCUGGCUGGUGUGGGAUGAUACCCUUCGAGAGUAUGUUGCUCUGAAGAUUGUACGUGCUGAUCAGUCCGACAAAUAUCAUGAGCUCGAGGUCUUGCAAUACCUCGCAGGAUUGGGUGUAAAUCUGGAAGAGAACUUCAUUUGCCCUCUCCUCAACAGCUUUUCGUUCGAAGGUCCGAAUGGGAACCAUCUAUGUCUUGUAUUUCCUUUAGCAGGUCGAACAGUCGAUGCGAAGCUCUUUGGAACACGUUCAAAUACAAAAGAAGACGCUAUCGAGAAGGCCCGUCAAUACGGACGACAACUUGCCCAUGCCGUUGCUUUCCUCCAUUCUGUUGGCAUCGUACAUGCAGAUCUUACCCAACGCAAUGUGCUCACUCAAACCGAGAGCCUUAAAAUCGAUUCCCUUGACGAGCUGUAUGAGCUCCUAGACAAGCCUGUAAGAAUUUUCCCGGACCGCUGGGGAACUGGACGCCGGUUCAAGUACCUCAUGUAUCCAGCCAGGUUGCGGAAGCUUCCAAGUUGUGACAAACUUCUGGUGACCGACUUCGGCCAGGCUUUCUCAAUUGGCCAUCCCCCUACUCGAAGUUUAGGUAUACCUCCCGCAUUUGCGACACCAGAAGGACUCUAUUUAGGUGCGGCUUCCCCAGGCUCAGAUAUUUGGGCGAUAGGUGUUCUCUUAUUCAAGUGGUGGUGUGGGCAGUCGCUUUUCCGAGGUGACUAUCUGGACGAAGUCUCGUGGUACUGGACAGUUUACGCAGGCAAGCUUCCUGAGGAAAUGUGGAGCCAGUACACGAACCGAUACGAGAGCUUUGAUGAAAAUGGAAAGCUGCUUGAGAGGGAGCCUGAAGACCUAGGAAAAUUGAUGAGUGAAUCCUGGCAAUAUAUUCCACCGUGUGGCCCGGAAAAGCACAUCGAAUCCGUUCAACAGAUAGACAACGUAGGACCAUCUUGCCGACACAGCCUGCCGGAGGUGCCAUUCUCAGUCACCGAAGCCUCCGGCCGAGAUAGAAUAUUGAUCACUCUGGAUUUGCCUUGCGCUACUAGGCCACCCAAUGCUGAGUCGCCAAACCAGUUGGAUACCUCCCGAGGAGGCGCGAAUGGUUCUAAGUCAGAACAACCGACAGAGGCAGCGCUAACCUCGUUCAGGGCUGACUCUCCUGUCACAAAGCAUCAACGAAACCUACAGUCGCUCAUAUAUUGCGCCUCUGCUACAUCCCACGUCGAGUUAUCGUUGCCUAUUGCUGAGUUUCACUGCCUCCUCAAACAGCUAUGUGCAUAUGAACCCAGCGCACGGCUCCCAGCUUUCAUGUUGCUACAGCAUCAUUGGUUCUCGAAGAGCAUUCGGAAGUGCGAGGACAAUCGCGUCUCCGAUGACCUCAUAUCCCACAGCUCCGCUUCUAGCAAUGCAGAGCCUGAGACAACAGUCGAUAAUAGUCUUCUAAAAAAGCUUUCAUCGAGUUCCAGUACGUCUACGUUAGAGGUCAACAGCCAGUUUACUCCUGAUCCAACGCUCCCUUCUAGUGCACUCUUCGAAUGCAACAAUUCGAAUGUCGACUUAGCGGCUAAGAACGAUACGCCGAAGAGCAUUUUGUCCGAAAUUGAUGCCCUAAAGCUGGGGAACAACGUGUUCUCGCCAAGCAGGCAGUCAUUAUGCUUUGACACCAAGAGCAAAACGUGGUCUUACGUUGCUGUGGAUCAAGAAUAGAGCAUAGGAAAGUCAGAUCUGUAAUUCGUAAGUGAGCAGAAUUUGGACAACAAAGUCUCGCGCCCAAACGGCUGAAUAUUCAUAUCGAGUUUCAGUCAUUCAUUUAGGAAUGUUUCACGCACUCGCAACAAGUUUCUGUACGUCUAGUAUGGCUGGGCAAAUGAACG